AUGCUCACAUCUGCCCUGGCGGUGCCAGAGCCUCAAAGCACACAGAGUUACUCAGCAGACAGCAGCGGCAGCGGCAGCAGCUGCAGCAGCAGCAGCUGCGGCCGCUCCUUCGCUUGGGGUCUCUCUCCUCUGCCAGUCCUGAGAUCCGCAUCACUGAAAUGCUCAUCCGACCCUCCAGAAGUCACUGCUGCUCAGCCGAUGCAGCAGGAAGGGGAGGCGGCCUCUGCGGGUGAUGGCAAAGUGGGUGCUGCCCCGGGGAGCCCCGCGGGGGCCGCUGCGGGGCCCCCCACCAAAAUACCUUCUGCAGAGGAGCGCGCGGCGGGCCCAGAUGGAGCUCUUGAGGGGCUGUCAGCUUCUGCUUCGCCUGCUGCUCUUCUGGAGAAGCUCAGCGAGCUUGCUGCCAACAGUGCAGCUCACUCGCAGCAACUGCAGUGCGUGCGUAUGCAGCACGAAGCCGAGAAGGUGGAGCUGCAGCGGCAGCUGAGGGCGCUGGAGAGCCGGCUGAGCUCGCAGGAGUUGCUGCUGUUCGAGGUGCUGAAAAUGCUGAGAGCCGAGAGGCCCCACGCGCACCAGUGGUUACUCCUGGAGGCAAAGGCCACAGCAGCAGCAGCAGUAGCAGCAGCCGGACAGUCGAAUGGGACUGCAGCCGCGCAUGCAAACGCCCAGGAGCAGCAGCGGCAGCAGCAAGAAGAGGAGGAGGAGGAGUCUGACCAGGAUGAGGACCUCGUUGAGCUGCUCAGAGACAAACCGACGCGCUGGGCAAGGCGCCUGCACCGCUGGUCUGCGUGCAUUGACCAUCUGCCGCUGCUGGGGGCCCCUGUUUCGCCUUCUAUGCGACUUUCCUCCGGGGCUUCUCAGGCCAGCGCUGGCAGCAGCAACCUUUCCAACGAUGACGCAGCAGCAGCUGCUGCUGCUGCUGAAGGCGUCCCUCCUUCCAGCAGCAGCAGCAGCAGGGGUUUGCUUGACUCAGUGGAGGAGGGCUACCACUCGGGGUGGGGGUCCAGUGGACUGCGGGUGGCGCUGCUGAGCCCUGCGGGCAAGCUUCUGAGCGCCGCAGCUGUAAAGGCAGCAGACACUUUCAGGAACUUCCUCGCGCACGCAACAGUUCGGCAAGAGGCCUGGUUGCGCACUUUUGCCUCCUUUGCACUCACAGCAGCCCCUGUGGAAUCCCUUGCAAGGGCCCGCCAGCUGCACUUAAGGCUGCUGGAGGACGCUGUGGCGCUUCCGUCUUCCGACUUGUUGCUGCUGGUCGCAGAAUGGAUCCAGUCAGACCCUGCAGUGGAGGAAGCAGCAGCAGCAGCAGCAGCUCCUGCCGCUAGAGCUGAAGGCCGGGAAGUGGCGGGGGAUGGCAAGCCCCAUAUGCGAGUGCUGUGUCUGCUGGAGCGCGCUGCUGCUGCUGCUUGUGAGCUUCCGCUGCGACGGCUCAAGAGAGAAGCUGGGAUGGCUGUUUUCGCUUUUGAGCCCUUUUCCGUUUGCGUGCAAUUGGGCCGAAACCGCAGCAACAACAGCAGCAGGAGCAGCAGGAGCAGCAGCAGAAGCAGCAGCAGUGACAGUGAGGACGAGGAAGGCAGCGACGCCCCCAGCAGUAAGAAACUCACGGUGCCCAUUUGCUCCAUUCAGGGUCUCCGGCUAAUAAGUCCAAGCGCGGCUCCAGACAGCAGCAAAAGCAGCAGCAGCAGCAGCAGCGGUAGUGCUGCUUCUGUGGGCUUCUGCGAAGGCUCUGGGGAUCAAUGGAAGAAAACAAAGCUGCCUGCUAAUGAAGCACCAACACAGCAGCAGAUAGAAGCAGCAGCUGAACCGCAAGCCCAAGGAGAAAGACGAAUUGAAACGGAGAGACAGACGGAAAGGAAGAGACAAACCGAAGGAGAUCGGCAAAUCGAGGGAGAGAAGCAAAUAGAAACGGACAAAGAACAGCAGAAAAAAGCCAGGCAGCAGCUGCUCAGGAAGCCCACAGACGCAGCACACCCAACAUUGGAGCAGCAGCAGCAGCAGAAGGCUGGCGGUCAGGAAGGAGAGAAACGCUCAGCGAACCCUACACAGAUCAACCGCAGCACUUGCAGCAGUAGUAGCAGCGGUAGCAGUAGCAGCAGCAGCAGCAAGAGGAGCCGUAUUGUGGUAUCUUCUGCACCCAUUGAUGGUGCCCCAGCUAGGGCCCCCAGUGGGCCCCACAGCAGUGGCGGCUGUAUGCUGGCGUCUAAGGCGGGAGGGAAAGAGGCAGAAGCAGCAGUUAAAAAGGAGAUAUACACGAACCCUGAUGCCCCUGUUCAGUACGCACACAAGAAUGAGGACAGCAGAAAGACUGAUGGAAAGCAGACCAGACUUCUACCUAACGCAGCAGGAGCAGAUGCGGCAGCACCAGCAGGGCGAUCAACAGCAGCAGCAGCAACAACAGCAGGCGUAGACGGUGAGUCGCGGCGAAGCGUGGGAUGUACGUCUGUGCGUUGUUGUGGGCUGUCCGUGCAACAGCAGCUGGAUCAACAACAGCAGCAGCUGCCACGUGUUCGGGCGUCUGUGCCGCGGCAGGGCAGGCAGCAGCUGCCAGGGUUUGAAUGUGAACAGUGCUGCGGCUUUUACGGCUUGCUGGAGCAGCAAGGAGAGGGACAAAGCAGCAGCGGAAGCAGCAACAACAAAGUUGCAGGCGCAGCCCACAGCGGUCGCCACAAGUGGAGGCGAACGGAUGCCGACACUGACACCGAUACGGACACAGAGGCUGCCACAAACGGCAAAGCUGCUGUUGCUGCGGGUGCUGCUGCUGCUUCUACGAACCAGAGGCGCUGCUCCCGCCACAGGCAUUUCGUUCCCCCACCCUCAACACCCCCUGGUUUCUGGGAUCUGUGA